AGAAGAAAGCCCUUGACUCAAUCCGUCUUAUCUUCUCAGCUCUCCACUCCUGUCAGCUCCAGUCUGGAUUGGACUUCAGUGAGUGAGUGCUUUUUACACAACAAUUACAAAAUAAAUGAAAAGUGAAGAUCUGGGAGAAGGUCUGUUAAAAGAUGGCUAUGGCUGUUGGAAGAUCUUUUUCUGAGCCACUUUUCUAAGCAGAGCUUUACCUUUGGAUUCACCGUUCUGCUCUUUAUACGGACUCAUUUUUCUCCAGAUUAACUCAACUGGCAAGGUUAUUUAUUUUUCAUAUAUAUUUUUUUCUUCUGUGAAAGCAGAUAUGGGCUGCUCUCCAUCCAAAGGAAAGUUAUUUACAAAACCAGGGCCUCAGAAUGGUCUGUUGGUUGAAGAGCUGCAAGAUUCUGUUGAUUCUAGACCUACAGACGGUGUGAACCAACAUUUGAAAAGUGAAGAAAAAGAAAUUCCGCUACCCACUACAGAGCACAUGACAUCAGAGCCUGCAUGGGUUAGCUCUGAUGAAACAGAUGCAACUAAUGCAGCAGAAACUGAAGAAACAAAAGGGAAUGGGAUGCCCCAAGAAAUACUGAGUGAAGUCUUAAAAACAGAUGAGAUUAAAAGGACACAGAGAAGUAAGAAGCACAAAGCCAAUCGAAAGCAGAGAAAGUCUUCCAUUAUCAAGACCAAAGUGGACUUUCCACCACAGAUGGUGAGAGCUCACCAGGCAGCAUACACCUUUCUGAAUCCAAGUAUCUCUAAAUUUGAGACACUACUGGGGUUGCUGGACCAGGCUGCCCAGACCCAGCUGUCUCUGCAGCCCAUGAUGUCUGCUUUGGUUUUGCGUUUUGAAGAGAUCAAUCAAGCUCUAGAAGAGAUGGCUGAAGAGGGGGAACUGAUGCUGAAAGAGCAUGGGGACUAUAUGGUUCUGCCAUCUGGUAUGAUAGGGCCAAAGUUUAUGGCCAUUAAAGCUAACACUGAAACAAGUGGACCUCCUGAUCCACCUCCAGAUUUGCUCCAGCAACUGCUCCAGCAUUCAACAGAGAAAAUGAGGCAUGUGGGAACCUCAUUUCAGGUACUGGGUGACAAUACUCUGGAGGAUGCAGUGGAGUACUUCACUUCUCUUGCCAAACUUUUGGUUGGAAAGAUGCGAGAUAAGCAAGUUGCAGAGCAGAGAAUUGUCCAAGUGCUUGCACGGGUGGAGCAGGCCACCACAAGGAAGUCCAACCCUGAAGAUUCAGCACUGCACAGUGAGGACAGUGGAAUUGGGGGAGAGAAUGAGAGUUUGACGGGAUCCGAAAGACAUCGUCGGCACAGGGGGAGUGCAGGAUCUGGAAGUUGUGGCUCUGGGAUCAACUUUCGUGGAGUACUUGAUAAUCAACCCAGUAAUUCACUCAACCUCAUGGACAACAAUGAAUAUGAUGAGGGAGAUGAGGAGGAGGAAGAGGAUGACGAUGAUGAGAAUGUUGAUGACGAAGAUGGCAGACAAGGUCGGAAGAGAUCGAACUCUUCUCCCCCAGAUCCCAGUCAAACUCUUCUCUACAUGCGUGCAAAAUACAUGCGAAAUUUGAUGCUGGAAACCAAACGGCCACUCACUGCUGCUGCUGCCUCAAAUAAGCCUGAGGCUCUAUCAGCUGCCAGAUGUGCGAACUCAGUGAUGGAGCUACGAAAAAGCCAGAGGGAUUUAGAAGGGCGAAUGAAAAAGAUCCAAGGAAACAGAGAGAUAGAAGGGCCUCAUUAUAAUCUGUACAGGGCUGGACUUAGAAGACAUUCAAUCAGUGGGUCAGGAGGUGCACACAAAGGACCACUGAAGACAAAUCAGCUGUGUACUUUACCAGUGUUAGCACCACAAACACCCAAGCGCCCCUCUGUCAGAAGGCUGAUUAACACCUUUAGUCAAGGGGUGGAUGGCAGACCGGGUCAGAGCCUCGUUAAUAUACCACCUCAUAUCAAAAGGCCCAGGAAAAGUGGAAUCCUUCCAUUAUCAAACAUUGCAAAUAGCACCGAGGGAUUUCAGGUCAACAACGGUAACAAUAACAAUAACAGCUGGCCUGAUGGCAAGGAUGACUGUGAUGUAGACAACCUACCACCCCCGGCCCCAGAGGUUUUGAUGGACAAUUCCUUUAAGGAUUCUGAGGGCAACCCAACAAAUGACAGUAUCUCCCAAGAAGGUGUAGUGCAGGGUCUUCCAAUAAUUAACCAGAAGUGUGGACUUUCCCAUCGCCUGAGGACUUCCAUGCAGAAUAUGGAAGUACUGCCAAACCGGGCAAGCAUAAGGUCAAGAUCAAAUAUUUCAUCUGUCAGUCCUGUCAGGCAGGAUGCUGAAGAAGAAGAACAGCAAGAAUCUGGUCGGGGACAAGAAACAGAAAAGACCAGCUGUGUCUACCAACAGGCUCAGAGGAUCAUUCCUUUGCACCACGCGACAGAAUCUGUUGAGAAAAGACAAACUGGAGAGCAAAGUGGACAGAGAGGAUCUUCCCCUCUUCAAAGUAGUCAUGCCCUCCAUGAGAGUGACAUGUCUCGCAGCUCACCUGUGACAGCACCGCCAGUCUCCAGAGUCCGCCUCCCCCCAUCUUGCCCCUCUGUGCGCCACAGGUUUCCAAGCCCCCCUGUCUGCAGACAUCCGUCUUCCAGCUCGAGGCCCUCAUCUCGUCCAAGUUCACCGAGGACAGUGACUCGAGCCUCAGAAAGCACAGCUGAAGAAAUUACUCUUUCUAUGUCCUUUCAUGAUGCCCGUUCAGUCUUCUGUCAAAAUGAGACACAAAACUCCCAGCCCUGGACCUCAUCUGGAGCUUCUGUGCUUCCUAGGCCAUGGGGAGACACUUUCAGAGGUAGGCUGUCCACAAGAGGGAUGGACAACUCCAGCCGGCGCACACAGUCAGAGCAGAGACCCAGUUUGACCUCCUAUUCAGAGGAUGGUCUCACAGCCUCAACCCAGGCCACGUGGAAAGAGCAAAUAACUACAAAUCAAAGUUCUGUGACGACACCAGACAACGGCUGGUCCAACCAAAGCACUGCUGCCACAACACACUGGGAUUAGAACCGUUGGUGUUUGUCCAUUUAUGGAUGGAAAGAAAGCAUCAAAGGUUCUGGACUGGUU